CCAAGAAAACAAAGGCUUUUGAGGGAGGAAGGAAAUUAAGCUUCCUUCCAGUCAAAGAAAUAGUAUAAUCUUAAUUAAAAGAUAUUAUUAUUUCUUUAAAAAUGGAAAAACAAGAACCAAACUCAAAGCCUUUGGAUGAUUCAAAUUCAACAAAUAAACCUAACUCAAAUCCAAACACGUCAUUAGUUGAUGUGCCUCCAACUACAGAUAUGGCAAUAUCUUCAAUUUCAUCAACAUUGCUUCCUCAACCUUCUUGGUUCACUGCAAAAAGGUUACUUGCUGUAUUCUGUGUGAUCAACUUAUUAAAUUAUGUGGAUCGUGGAACUAUUGCGAGCAAUGGUGUUAAUGGAAGCCACAGAACUUGUACGAAAACUGGCACAUGUUCUUCUGGCAGCGGAAUUCAGGGUGAAUUUAAUUUGAAUAAUUUUCAGGAUGGUGUCAUAUCAUCUGCUUUCAUGGUUGGGCUUCUAAUAGCAUCUCCAAUAUUUGCCUCCUUCGCAAAGAGUGUCAAUCCUUUUAGACUUAUUGGAGUUGGACUGACAGUGUGGACAAUAGCUAUUGUUGGUUGUGGUUUCUCAAUGAAUUUCUGGUUCAUUGCAACAUGCAGAAUGUUGGUGGGUGUUGGUGAGGCAUCUUUCAUAAGCCUUGCUGCUCCUUUUAUUGAUGAUAAUGCCCCUGUUGCUCAGAAAACAGCAUGGCUGGGAAUAUUUUACAUGUGUAUACCAACCGGGAUAGCAGUUGGCUAUGUAUAUGGUGGACUGGUUGGCAAUCAUCUUAGCUGGCGUUGGGCAUUUUGGAUAGAGGCAUUACUCAUGCUUCCCUUUGCAGUUUUAGGUUUAUUUAUGAAACCAUUGCAAUUAAAAGGAUUCUCUCACACCGGAUCAAAAACACCAUUGACUUCUCCUCUGACUGCUAGCCCAGAAGAAGCUGUUUCAAAUUCUAGCAAUGGUUUGUUAUCAACACGGGAAGAUUCCAAGGAUGGUUCGAAAGGUGCUCCUAGCAAUUUGAAUGAGUUGACAAGAUUUUGGAAGGAUCUGAAGAUGCUUCAUCUUGAAAAGAUUUAUGUCAUUAAUGUUCUAGGAUACAUAGCAUAUAAUUUUGUAAUUGGUGCAUAUUCCUAUUGGGGACCGAAGGCUGGUUAUAACAUAUACCAUAUGGAAAAUGCAGACAUGAUGUUUGGAGGUGUUACUGUUAUAUCUGGAAUAUUUGGAACCUUGGCCGGAGGCUUUAUUUUGGAUCAAAUGACUUCCACAAUAUCCAAUGCCUUUAAGCUUCUAUCAGUGGCGACAUUUCUUGGAGCAAUAUUUUGCUUUGCUGCCUUUUGUUUCAAGAGUUUAUAUGCUUUCAUCCCUCUUUUUGCAAUAGGAGAGCUGCUUGUAUUUGCAACACAGGGCCCUGUAAACUAUGUAUGUCUUCAUUGCGUCAAACCAAGUCUGAGACCACUGUCUAUGGCGAUGUCUACUGUUUCAAUUCACAUAUUUGGUGAUGUGCCUUCCUCUCCUCUUGUGGGGGUUGUCCAGGAUCGCAUUAACAAUUGGAGGGUCACUGCUUUGAUGUUGACAUCAGUUCUAUUUAUAGCCUCUGGAAUAUGGUUUACAGGCAUCUUUGUUCAUAGCGUAGAUAGAUUCAAUGAAGAUAGUGAGCAUCAAAUAAGUGAUGCUGAGAGAGCAAAGUCACCACCACUGCUUGAGGAGAAAACUACCGAGGUCUCUAUCGAAUCCUAGUUUUUGUGUAGCUGUUGCACAAAUGAAAUGUAAAUUCUUUGGUUCUUUUUCUCUUGAUAACAAGAAGUAUUUGGGGUCGGUUUUUCACGUACCUUAGACUAUUCGACCUCGGGUACCUGUUACCUCCAACCAACAUAGAUAUCAGGUAAACCUGUCCGUCAAGACUUAAAAUGUAAAUUCUUUGAUUCUUGUUUCUGUGUAAAUAAUGUUGCACUCCAUAAAGAGUAGUAGUUUGAGUUUUUCA